UUUGCUUCUGAAUUGGGGAAGAGAACAGGAAAAGCUUCGGUGAAGCAACAACAAAGAAUUGCUGUGCAGCCAGAUCCGGGGAAGGUUUGCUGACAAGUCAUGGGGGGCCAAUUGAGUAAGGGAAAUUUUGCAAGGUUGGAUGCUGCCAAAAAGAAGGGGAAGGAGAGGGAAGAGCAAGACCCAGAGGGACCUGGAACUGGCAAGAGAUCAAGGAACGGUCCCCAUCCCAUCCAAGCAGGGAGAGGUGCUGAAUUAUGGGACAGACCGGUGUCAGAGAUCUUGGCUCAGGACAAUAUGACCACAGAAUUACGCAGCCGAUGCUUCCGGCAGUUUCGGUACCAUGAUGCUGAUGGGCCCCGAAAAGUUUGCAGCCAGCUCCAUGGACUUUGCAACCACUGGCUGAAGCCGGAGAGGAACACCAAGAAGCAGAUUCUGGACCUGGUGAUCCUGGAGCAGUUCCUGGCCAUCCUGCCCCAGGAAAUGCAGCGCUGGGUCAGAGGAUGUGGGCCAGAGACCAGUUCCCAGGCAGUGGCUCUUGCCGAAGGGUUUCUCCUGAGUCAGGAAGAGGAAGAGAGGCAGGAGGAGCAGAUGUGGGGACCAUCAGUGAAGAUGGAAGCUAAGUUCUCUGGGGCAGAAGGAGCUCCUUUAGAGGAAGGGCAGAGGGCUCUAGCCCAGGAGCAUGCCCAAGAUGUCCUCUCACAUGGUAAGGCUGUCUUACGGCCAAAUAGGAUUGGGGUACAUAGUGAAGUUGUUGGGUACAAGGACAGGACAGGAGACAAAGAAAAAUUUCUGCACACAACACAGAUUUAA